AAAGGUCCCAUUGAUUUCAUUGAAAAUUAAUAGAAUCAAACCCUAAAUUUUUGUUCACCACCAUCGCCGAUGGCAGAUCUUGAGCCAUUCAGCAUCCCCGACGGUUGGAAACUUGUCAAGAGAGUUGAUAACAAAGGAACCAUUGUCAAGUACUAUACGAAUGUUCUAGGACAAAAGUUUUACAGCAAGGAAGAUUUACUACGGAACAUAAAGGAUGCGAAAGAGAAAGGACUAUCCAUAUAUGGUCCUGAAUUUAAAGCAUCCGAUUCCCGGGGUAAAAAGAAGAAGACAAAAAUAGGAGAAACAUCCACAAGGAUCUGCAAAAGAGAUGAGCAAAAAUCUACUUGUACAAGGGGAGUGAAAAUAUCUAGAAAGCAAGGAGAAGCGAAGAAGGGACAUGAAAUCAAAGGAGGGAGGUCUGCUGUGCACAUUUGUGACCAAACUGUCGCAACUGACGAGCGCCGGAGGUCAAGAAGACUUGCAGGGCUUGAGCCCGAGCUAAAAUGUGAUUUUAAGCUUGAUAAAGCUCUGGAAUAUGUAGUUAAGGAUUGAAAGGUC